CUGCUUCCAGUUGUAACUUUCCGUGGAGAUGAGACAGCCCGUCGCGCUUCAGUUCAUGUGGUUCUGAACACAGAGUUCUCGGGAUCUCCCAUGAGGCGCAGUACAGGGACUGGUCCAGAGGGACGGCACGAGCAUCGGCGAGAAGGCGUUCAAGGGCACCUCCGGCAGUCUCCUGGCAGGAGCAGCUGCUGCGACGAGGUGGCGUGGAGGGGGGAGGAAGACAGUCCUCAGGAAGGCGCACUUGCCGCUUCUUCUGCGGCAGCAAACACGUGGAAUCAACCCCCCCUGUGCUACCCCGCCCCCCGCCCCUCUCACAGAGCAGCAGCGGCUGCCAAGGAGGAAGAGGCCUCCCCAUCUUCUGGAGAGACUGCUCGGAGCUCCACCCUCUUCGAAUUCAAGAAGGCGACGGGCGUUCCAACGAAAACGGUGAUUUCCACAGUUUACGCAUGCAGCUGGUCAGACCCCCCCACCGUCAGGGCCUGUCCUAUACAAAAAUACCUUGCACAUACGCAGCACAGAGAUCUCGGAGCACUUUGCUUGGGACCAGCUGCCAGCGCAGCCGAAGCCGAAGAGGAACGUUGGGUGCGGCGUCUCUCGGGAUGCAGCAGCAUUCACCCUGACAGGGGGCAAUGCGCAACUCAAAAGUGCGUUGUGAAUCACAAGCACAACAAAAAUGAGGGGAGGAGGAAUGCUGCUCCAGGUGGACCCCGGUAUCUCGCGAUGAGCGACUGUCUCGGAGAGUACCCCGAAAUCCUCGUGCAGCUCCUCAGGGGACCACUUGCGCGACUGCACCCCGAGGUCGACCUGCUAAGGCUUCAAAGGGAUGCUAAACCACUCUCCAUUCCAGACGAACCAGUGCGACAGGACCUGUGCCUGUGGAUAGGAGCAUUCAGCAUCCCUCGUGAUGACAAGCGCUACAGAGGGGGGGAGGACGCGUGGUUUUUUGACGCACAGCGGAACGCCUUUGGAGUUGCGGAUGGCGUCUCUGAAUGGGAAGAUCUCGCUGGAAUAAACCCCCAGGAGUAUGCGCAAGACUUGAUGAAGGGCACGCAUGAAACCAUCAGCCGCAUGCAGGCACAGCACCAACGCGGCCGACAGGCGACUGCCUGCUGCACGGGCAGUCACACGGAAGCAGCGGCUACAUCGAAAAAUCCCCCUUCAAGCCCAGCAGACACAGCGAAGGAGGCUCUGACGACGGCUUACCACAAGGCGCGCAACUUCGGAAGCAGCACGGCGAUUGUUGGCGUUUUAGACGGCGAUAAUGGAAUUUUCGGUCUAGCAAACUUGGGUGACAGCAGCUGCUUGAUCCUGCGACGUCCCCGAGUGCGGGGAGCCUUAGGGCAGUUGAGCCUUGUCAAGAAGGUGAAGGAAAUGCAGCAUGGAUUCAACGUGCCGUAUCAGUUUGCUCAUCUGCCUGCGCCGGAAGAGUGGGAAGGACUGCUUAAGAGGGGUCUGACACGUCUGGUCGGAAUAGCCAAGCAGGAGCACGUCCAGGGAGACGCGAGUCGUUUGGGUGAUGAACCCUCCGCUAUUCAGGCAGCCAACGUUCCCGUGCAAGAUGGUCUCUCAGUCUCACCCCACGAGGCACAAACGCUGCUCGGAGACGCUUCUCUUGCCACUCCCCCCGAAGACAUUGCGCGGGCACUCGCCUUGGCAGCCUAUUGGCGGUCCCUUGACAAAGACGCUCAAACGCCUUUUUCCAAGGAGGCUAGACGCUGCUGCAACAAGCAAACCCUGUCCGUAGAGACUUCCGAGGGGUCCCCAGAGGCUUCUUCCGCGCACGCCAUGUUUCUUGCUGGCCUCUUGAGCGGCGGCAAAGAGGACGACAUCACAGUUGCUGCUGCAUGGGUGUGUCGCAAGGACAGCUGUAUAUACACCUCGGACGGCUUUGUCGCCUCCCCCUCAGAAUAUGUGGACACUCACACAUUGGCAGCAAGGCGUUGA